AUGAAACCCCCCUCAGGACUGGAAGAGGCCCGACAGCGACAGCGACAAGCCUCAGACAUCCGAGUGUUUGCCAGCAGCUGCACAAUGCAUGGUCUGGGCCACAUCUUUGGCCCUGGAGGCCUGACCCUGCGCCGUGGGCUCUGGGCCACAGCUGUGCUCCUGUCGCUGGCUGCCUUCCUCUACCAGGUGGCUGAGCGGGUGCGCUACUAUGGGGAGUUCCACCACAAGACCAUCCUAGAUGAGCGUGAGAGCCACCAACUCACCUUCCCAGCUGUCACUCUGUGUAAUAUCAAUCCAUUGCGCCGCUCACGCCUCACCCCCAAUGACUUGCAUUGGGCUGGAACAGCGCUGCUGGGCCUGGACCCUGCUGAACACGCUGCCUACCUUCGUGCCCUGGGCCAGCCCCCCGCACCACCUGGCUUCAUGCCCAGUCCCACCUUCGACAUGGCACAACUCUACGCCAGAGCCGGCCACUCCCUUGAGGACAUGUUGCUGGACUGCCGCUAUCGUGGCCAGCCCUGUGGGCCUGGGAACUUCACAGUGAUCUUUACUCGAAUGGGGCAGUGCUACACCUUCAACUCCGGUGCCUACGGAGCAGAGCUGCUCACCACUCCGAAGGGUGGUGCUGGCAACGGGUUGGAGAUUAUGUUGGAUGUACAGCAGGAGGAGUAUCUACCCAUCUGGAAGGACAUGGAAGAGACCCCGUUUGAGGUGGGGAUCCGAGUGCAGAUCCACAGCCAGGAUGAACCCCCUGCCAUUGACCAGCUGGGCUUCGGGGCAGCCCCAGGCCACCAGACUUUUGUGUCCUGCCAGCAGCAGCAACUGAGCUUCCUGCCACCACCCUGGGGUGACUGCAAUACUGCAUCUGUAGAUCCCGACUUUGAUCCUGAACCCUCUGAUCCCAUGGGUUCCCCUAACCUCAGCCCUAGCCCUCCUUAUAGUUUAAUAGGGUGUCGCCUGGCCUGUGAGACCCGUUAUGUGGCUCGGAAAUGUGGAUGUCGGAUGAUGCAUAUGCCUGGAAACUCGCCAGUGUGCAGCCCCCAGCAGUACAAGGACUGUGCCAGCCCAGCUCUGGACGCCAUGCUGCGGAAGGACACGUGUGUCUGUCCCAAUCCGUGCGCCACCACGCGCUACGCCAAGGAGCUCUCCAUGGUGCGGAUUCCCAGCCGCGCUUCAGCUCGUUACUUGGCCCAGAAAUACAACCGCAGCGAGACCUACAUCGCGGAGAACGUACUGGUUCUGGACAUCUUCUUUGAGGCCCUCAACUAUGAGACAGUGGAGCAGAAAGCAGCCUAUGAAGUAUCGGAGUUGCUGGGAGACAUCGGGGGACAGAUGGGACUGUUUAUUGGAGCCAGCCUACUUACCAUCCUCGAGAUCCUUGACUACCUCUGUGAGGUUUUCCAAGACAGAGUCCUGGGGUAUUUCUGGAACAGAAGGAGCUCUCAGAGGCACUCUGGCAACACUCUGCUUCAGGAAGGGUUGAAUGGGCAUCAAACACAGAUUCCUCACCUCAGCCUGGGUCCCAGGCCUCCUGCCCCUCCCUGUGCUGUCACCAAGACACUCUCUGCUUCCCACCGUACCUGCUACCUCGUCACAAGACUCUAGACCUGUGCCGUGACCUCCUGGACAUGUCCAACUUGUACAUCUUUGCUGUCUUCACCCAAAUAAAGCUCUAGUGCAUGUG